UGGAUGCCUAGGUAGGCACCAUCAGUCCAACGGUGCAUCGCUCGCCCCUUCUGCGAGCUUUACUCCUACAAAGUGAGCGAUCUGUCAAACCAGAUCUGCAAAACAUUGAAGUCGCUUGCAGAAUACAACUUGUCCGAGUUAAGGAUCUCGACUGUGGGGAGGAGGGGCGUAUAUUGUAGGACCUUUCUCAUAUUGGUACAUAGCUCUGCUGAGAACGGAGGGAUGGUCCUUUUCAUUGACCCUGAGAUUUGUUGUACCCGACUCAAGCUUAAUAAAGGGAGACGAGACAAGUCCAAAGCCUUUUUUGCGCUUUCUCAAUCCUCAUUCUCGGAAACUCGUUUCUUUCGCCCCACUCACUGUAUUGCACAAUUGAUCGUGUUUGUCCCCGUCUUAUCUCACCUCGCGUCACCUCUCACACGGGUACCUGCCUACCCAUCUGCCUAUCUAAAAAGGUGGCCUGCAAGAGCGAGAACACUCGCUCAGCCGUGCAUAUGCAUGGGCAUUCACCCAACUGAACGUGGCCAAUGUUCGAAUAUCACCUACACAAAACCAUUUGCUCACAAGUUUCCACAGCCGAAACCACCUUACCGCCUGCAGCGUCUCGACUUCGAUAUUAUCUUGUUCGGACUGUAUUUAAAAUAUAUACACUCCAAUAGUACACCGCAUCGGCCCAGCAGCAACAAGCAAAUCCUUCUCCUUCCCUCAUCACUCACUCACUCUGUACCAUCCACGUACUGGAAUUUGGUGGUGGCCGAGUUGCCGCCAUGGCCGACGUCGAUUCACAAGCGCCGCCAGAGCAACGUCUCACCAAGGAAGAGUUUGCUGCGCUGCCUCCCAUUGACUUUGUGACGCUGG